CAGGCGGAGCCGGCAUCGGAGCCAUGCUGCCGCCUUGCCACCGCCUGGCGCCGCCGCCGCGGCACUGCGCAAUGCACGUCGUGCUCCUGGCGUUGAUGUCGCGCUUUGUGCUACCGUGUUCCAGUCAAACUGUGCCAGGCAAUUCAAACAUCUUCCACGGUGCUCAUGACUACCUUCCGUUCCGCGCCCCAGGAGGUUGCACAGAGCUGCCGCUACAGUACUCCUCGCUGUUGGGCUGGACAUUGGACCAGCAGGUUGACCACGCCAAGCGCUUGGGCUGCCCUGGUCUCGGGUCGGGCUGGGAGUGGAGCCGUUCCGUCAGCCUGCGCUACGAUUAUGGCGACCGCGCUGCUUUUGACAUGCAGUAUUGUUCCCUCUGCCAGCCGGGUCUCGACCAAUGUGUACUCAAGUGGUUUGGCACAGCGACGUGGUGCAAGGGGCGGUGCCCCUCCAGCUGGACUGCUGUGGCCAGAGGCACCGACACACUACAACCAACGGUCCGCGAUGAAGCGCCCUACAUCCAUUAUGGCGAUGCAUGCAAUGCGGGAGCCAAAGUGCUGUGCAAGUUGUGCGGUCGCAAGGAGUGCAACGGCUGCACAUACACCUGGAGGGGCACCGCACCCAGCUGCUACGACACCUGCGAAAAGGGCGAGACGGUGGUGGCCACAGACACAUAUGGCGACGGCAAAGCAUGCAGUGUAGAUGGUUAUGGCUACAAGUUCUUGUGCGAGAAGUGUGCAUCGCCUAUCUAUGAUAUCCGCGGGUGCAACACACCUAGCUACUGGCAGGGCGAUGCCUGGAUGUGUGAGGGCGAGUGCGAUGUCGGCCAGUACGUGUACGACCGUGACAAGAGGGGCGAUGGCGCCAAGUGCCAGACCUGCCCGUUACUUGCCGAGUCGCGCGCCGCCGAUGCCUCCCUGCCGUUUGUUGCGUCUGCGGCCCGCGGGAAGUGCCACAAGCGCAAGUGUGGGGCGCCCCGGAGAGGGGCUCGCUUCACCGACAAGCCCGCCCUGCGGGUGCCGGGCGUGACGACCUACGCUGGUUGCUGCAAGCAGUGCCGCAUCACCACCGGCUGCCUGAGGUUCCAUGUGGGGCCCUCGGGCUGCGCCAUCUACAGGACCAGGGCCCAGGCUCGGACUGUCAGAGCCAAACGCUUCACCGCUGCUUAUCAUGUGCUGGCUGCUUGAACACGUGGCGUGCAAUGUGUAACAGUCACAACCUG